AAAUAACAAUAAAUAAUUUUUAUUUUACAUUCCAUAAACAUGUAUCCAAAUUUUAUCCGCAAACUGUGCUGAAAUUUGGACCAUACAACAAUUAACGAAAAAGGGAAAAAAGUUUAUAGUUGGAAACAUUGUUCGAACUGUCAAAUGUCAGAAUUAUUUUUCGUAUGCAGUUGUCGUUGAAAAUACUUGUGUUUUGUGAUACUCUCGGCAAUUAAAUUUGUACGGUGUUUUCCAUUCAUAUUUUUUGUACCUGAUAACCACCAGCCAAAAAGCAAUAAAAUUUGGUGUACGUAAAUUGAAUUCAAUCAUAUAAUCAGUAUUAGAUUUGUCCAGCAAGGCUAUUAAAUAAUCACACAAUAUGUCAAUUGCGCCGGUAAUUAUUGAGGCUACCGCCAAACACACGUCAACCAUGAUAUUUAUGCAUGGACUUGGUGAUACUGGACAUGGUUGGAGUUCCGCCUUAGCUUCGAUUCGUCCACCUCAUAUGAAAGUCAUAUGUCCAACUGCACCUACACAACCUGUUACUUUAAAUGCUGGAUUUCGCAUGCCAUCAUGGUUUGAUUUGAAAACUUUAGAUAUUGGCGGUGCGGAAGAUGAAGAUGGCAUUAAAUCUGCUGCAGAAAAUAUUAAAACCAUGAUUGCUACAGAAAUAAGCGGUGGCAUACCAUCUAAUCGCAUUGUUGUGGGUGGUUUUUCACAAGGUGGUGCUUUAGCCUUAUACUCAGCUUUAACUUAUGAUCAGCCUGUCGCUGGAGUAGUUGCUUUGUCUUGCUGGUUACCAUUACAUAAGCAAUUCCCAGCCUCACUAACAAAUUCUAGUGAUAUACCAAUAUUUCAAGCUCAUGGUGAUUAUGAUCCUGUGGUACCACUUAAAUUUGGUCAACUAAGCGCAAGUUUGCUAAAAACUUUUAUGCAGAAUGUUACUUUUAAGACAUACACCGGUCUUUCUCACUCUUCAUCCGAUGAGGAAAUGGACGAUGUUAAGGCUGCAGUUGCAAGUUGGCCGAGAUUUCAAACGACAAACAAUCGCUUGUAGUUGAGCACUAUUGAGUCAAAUUAAAAAAAUUAUAAAUUAAAAAUGAUCGGUGACAGUAGUGAUAUCCCGACUAGGAAAGCUCAAUGCUGUCAAAUCUCAUAGUAAACAACAAAACUAAUAUUAAUAUUAAG